AUGACUGAUGAACCAGAGCAAUCAUCAAAGUGCAUCUCAGCACCUUUUCGAGCAACCUUGUCCUCUUGUCAACCAAUACUUCGAUCGACAAUAUAUCCUUGGAGACACUCAGUUGGAUCAAAUGCUUCACGUCUUGGUCUUUGGGAGUUUUAUCACGAGUUUAAAAUUAUUCGUGAAAAUGGUUUAGUGGCAGUUGGUCAUUCAUCGAAACAUUCAUUAUACCAUAUUAUUGUUCGUCGAGCUCGGUCAAAUCAUGCAGUCACCCAAGUUAAAAGAAAAAUAACGGCUGUUUACACUAUUUAUCGAGAUCAAAAUGAAGCUACAAUCAAUGAUCAUUGGCAUCGUUUAUCACCAAUAAUCAAUACAUUGUUCCCAUUUCUCAGGCGACGUUUACAUGUCACUGAAUUGCGGAUACUAAAAGACAUCUUUACAGUAACCAUCGAGAACCAGGCAUUUACAGCAGCUCAUGUAGCAGCGAAAUUACAAUUUGUUUCCGCAUUUAAGCGUAAAAACACUUCCAUAAUUCACAAUCUAAAUGAACAAGCUCCUCCAAUCGGACAAACUCCUCUAAUGAUUGCAAUACAAUCUCAAAACCUUGUUCUUGUCAAAGCUUUAGUUGAUCUUGGUGCAAGCUUGCAUUCGUUUGAUGGUCGGUUAGAUUCAAUACUUCAUUAUGCUGCUCUAUCGAACCUUGAAAUGUUCAAAUGGUUGAUUGAAACUUGUAAAGCAAAAUUUAAUCUUGUUAAAAUGUUGCGACGGCGAAACAAGAAAGGUUAUUCACCACUCCAUUGGUGCUGUUAUUCUGGUCGCACUGAAAAUUUACUGGAGAUCCUGAAAAUGCCAAUACGUACAUCACUGCUGGUAUUAGAGCCACAACAACAUGAUCAAAUUGAUAAAAACUUUACUAGUGAUAUAAGCGAUAAUGAUGAGUCAAAUGGUCAUCAUAAAAAACAUAAGCCAAUAAAAGAGGAUCUAUCUGGAUUGAUUAAUUAUAAGUCAACAGAAAGAUCUCCUUCAAGUCCUUCAAUUUCCUCAGUGCCUUUGCAAUUAGGUCGGUCUUCUUCAUCAAGCACCAAACAAAGUCUCGAUACAAGUUACAUGUCAGCUUCUAGUUCAAAUGAUGAACACAUUACUUUCACUCAAGAAAUGAUCGAUGAUUUAGACACAUCUGAAAUGCUUUUAGGUGGAUCUCCAAUCCACUGGGCUAAAACUCGCCGUCUUUUAGAGCAUUUACUUGAUUCAAAUAGUUUUCCUUUGGAGUGCGUUAAUUUUAGACGUGAGACUCCACUUCAUGUGAUGACUCGACGACGACGCUUAAAAUGUGCUGUAAUGCUGCUAUCACGGGGUGUCGAUGUAUCAGUUCAAGAUAGUCGGGGUAACACUCCGAUUCAUAGAGCCAUUCAGAGAGAAGACAUUUCAAUGGUUCAAGGUUUGAUUGCAUUUGAUGCGGAUAUAAAUGGGUUGAAUGCUAGAAAACAAACACCAAGACAUAUUGCGGCAACUAGAGGAACAUCGAUCUCAAAAAUAAUUGUUAAUGUAUUACACCGAGUCGGAGCCAAGAGAUGUCCACCAAAAAGGAAAAAGUGCACUGAAGAUUGUGCUUACGAAUCAGAAGGGAUAGGAACACCAUUUCCUAAAUGGGCAGAUUAUGUAGAUGAAUCACCAUAUUCUGAUUUCAUGAGCUCAAGGGGAGAUUCACCGGUUCAAGAGACUCAAUCAAGAGCGAUUGAAGGUGACUCUAAGUUAAAGGCUAAGGAUUAUUCACCAGCUCGGGUUAUCUGUUUAGAUGGUGGAGGAACACGAGGUUUAUUUACAUGUUGUGCCUUGAUUGAAAUAGAGCGUCGAUUAAAAAAGCCACUUCGUGAAUACUUUGAAUGGUUUGCCGGAACAUCAUCUGGUGCCUUGAUUGCUUCUCUUAUCGUUCUAGGAACACCACUUCAUCGGAUCCGAUCUGUAUACUACCAAUUCAAGGAUAAAAUAUUCGUAGGUCAGCGGCCAUAUAAUUCAGAUUUAUUGGAAAAAUUGAUUAAAGAUCAGAUGGGAUCAACAACCAAAAUGGGUGACAUAAAAGAUAAUAAAAAGCUAUUGAUAACCGCUGUUUUAACGCAUCAAAAUCCAGCUCAACUCUAUGUUUUCCGUAAUAUACCUUCAACAAGUGAUAUAUUGGGUCGCAAAAUACCGUCAGAUCCAGAAUAUAAACCAAAUUUUAAUGAACAGAUAAUUUGGCAGGCGUGUAGAGCAUCAGGUGCAGCACCUAGUUACUUCAAAGCUUUUGGACCUUUCAUUGACGGUGGGAUUCUAGCAAAUAAUCCAACUUUAGAUGUGAUUAGUGAAUUUUUUCAUUACAAUAAGGCUUUAAUCAAUGUUGGCAAAGAGUCUGAAGUUGAAAAGCUUAGUUUAGUCUUGUCCAUGGGCACCGGUAGAGCACCAAUUGUUCCUGCUCGUUUGGUUGAAUUAGGACCAAUAAUGUCGUCAUCUUUCUUUACCCUUCCUGAAGCCAUUAAAACGGCUCUUUCAUUACAAGAAUUGGUUCAUAUGAUGAUUUCAACAACACUCCAGACUGAUGGACACGUUAAUAAAAGGACUGAAGCCUGGUGCAGUUCACUUUCUAUACCUUACUUUAGAUUCAAUCCGCCAAUGUCUGAAGACUUGCAACUCAAUGUAACAGAUGAUAUUGAAGUUGUCAAUGGUAUGUGGGAAACAAAGGCUUACAUGUACGCUCUUAGCCCUUACCUCGACAAACUUGUUAAUUAUUUGGAAGCGAUUGAGAAGAAAAAAUCAGAAAAAAAUUAAAUUUCAUGUAUUGAUCAACUAAAAUGAUAAACUAAAAUUCAUAUUCUCUAAACAUAAAUUGAUUUUCAUUUAAGCUAUCAUUGUUUAUUUAUUGCAAGCUAAUUAGACAACAUUAAAUCAAAUUUCAAAAUUGAUUAAACUGAUUAAUGCUUAUGAUUCAAGGAAUGAGAAAAUAUGAGAUUCUGAGAAAAUCUCAUCUCAAAUGAUAAUUUUUAUGCACCAACCCAUUAUGUGAUCAUUAAAAGAGAUUGAAUCCUUUGAUAUUGAAA